AGCGCCAGAAGCCUCGUGGUGAGCAGAGCAACUCUUGGUCAAGCAAGAUUUAGUUGGUGUCUGUACUUCGGCCGAGUGUGAAUCGAGCGAUGUGUCGAGUGUAGACUGUGCCGAACGAAUCCGGGACACUUGGUGGACGUCUGCGAUGAGGCUGCACACCAUCCUGUCCUUCGGGUGUCUACUCGUCGCCACUUCAGCGGAAACUCCCUGCAACCCGAAGGCCUGCAGCAAAGACGUGGAUAACGAGAAGAACGUUUGCGGUUCCGACGGACUGACAUAUCCGAAUCGGUGUCAUUUUGAGAAAGCUCGCUGCGUCAACAAGAAUUUAACAUUGGCGAAAAGGGGCCCUUGCCGGCAACAGAAACUCUGCCGCGAUUGGGAGAUCUACAGGCAUUCGAACCCCGACUACAAAUUUCACGCGACAUGUCGCCCAGACGGCAGCUACGCCGCUGCCCAGUGCCACCCUGACACCGGCUUCUGCUGGUGCGUCACUCCUCAGGGAAUCCCUCUGCCGUACACCUCCGUGCGCUGGCGUCCCGACGCCAAGCCGCACUGCGGCCGCAAGAAGAAGUCGACCCGGAGGCGGUCCCCGCCUCGCAAGGGCCGCAACCGCACCUGCAAGCAGCUGGACAAAGCCAAAUUCAACAACAACCUCAUCAACAUCUUCCACACGGAGUGGAGUCGCGACCACGGAGGCGUCAUCAAGCCGCACAACAACGAGAGCGACCUUCUGGUCAACCAGUGGAAGUUCGGCACCAUGGACGCUGACCGCAACGGCGUCCUCGACAAGAACGAGUACCGGGACCUGAAGCGCGUCGCCAAGAAGGCCGUCAAGCCCAAGAAGUGCGCCAAGAUGUUCCCCAAGUCCUGCGACGUCAACAGCGACACCCUCAUCACGCAGCAGGAGUGGGCCGAGUGCCUUACGAGGGACGGCAUGGACGUUUUUUUGCGUGUUUUUUCGUGGUUGGAAGCAGACGGGGGUGGAAUCAACAAUUCUGAGGAUAAUGGGGACGAUCAAGAGGACUACGCCGACGCCUUCCCUCCGCACAGGCCUCUGCCGCAUGCAUUGACUUACGACGACGACUCCUCGGAAAUUCGCGACGAAGACCCCAGUGAUUGUCUUUCGGACCGGCAAACAGCCUUGAACGACGGCGGCCAAUUUUAUGUCCCGGAAUGCACCCCCGAUGGCCGAUAUAAAAAGAUUCAGUGCUACAAGGCGGCCGGAUAUUGCUUCUGCGUGCACGAAGACACCGGAAAGAACAUUCCGGGCACGUCGGUGAAAAAUGGAAAGCCCAAAUGCGACCAACUUUCGAACGGAAACCGGCCCAUGAAAGGCUGUCCCAACGAGAAAAAGACUAUCUUCCUCCGAGAUCUCAUCCAGUUCCUACAUGCUCGCAUGUUGAAAGAUAACGACACGGUCAACCUAUACAGCCUGCCCUGGAUGUCCUCGAAAGAGGAGCAGGCGGCCACUUGGAGCUUCGUCGAAUUUGACAAGAACAAGAACAAAAUGCUGGAUCGGAACGAGUGGAAGAUUUUCAAAGAGGUCGUCGCGAAGGAGAAGAAUUUGAGGAAGUGCGGCAAGAAGUUGCCGAGGUACUGUGAUAUUAAUAAGGACCGGCACAUAAGCAUGACGGAGUGGCUCGACUGCCUCAACGUGCAGCAAGGAGCCACAACGAGCGCCCCCAGCUCGUCCAGAGCCGGCAAAAAGAACCCCCUGGAUGUACUAAUAGAAGAUUAGUGAUUUUGUGAAUUGUUGAAAGACUGGGAACCCCAGCAAACUGACUGGCGCAAGCCUCGACUUUUGUGAUUAUAGUGUAGUGUAUAGCUUUCAUCUUAUCGUAAUAAUGCAUCGUGCUUAUUUAUUUUUCAAAAAUACAACCAAACCUUGUAUUUUAUCCCAACUUUGGUUGCUUGACUCAAAAUUAAAUCCUCUCGGAUGCUUGUUGAUGUAUUUUUAGAGUAAUUAAAACCAUCUUGUUAUUGUCUGACUAUUUAAUAAAAAUAAAGUGAAUAAAAAUUA